AUGGAUAGUCUUUGUUUGAAAACCACGACGGGAAUAGCUCCGACGAUCACAGCCGUCGACGUCCGUACAAGCCCGUCGUCUCAGGUGAGCGCGCUGGGCAGGUCCACCCUCGACAAGCCCUUUUCCAGGUUCUCCUUCAAUUACUACCCUUUGAAAUCCCUCUGGCCCGGCGCCCGAAGAGCACCCGCUCCUACUAGUCCUACCUACAACGGGCUGCCUCUGGACGACGCCGUUCCAUUGGCCCAUGAGGAGGAGGAGGAGGAGGAAUCCCAAUCCCAAACACGUAGUGGGAACUGGGUUUUGAAGAUUUUGCACGUCAGGUCUCUCUGGGGAGGAGGAGGAGGAGGAGGCAAGGCAGACCAAGUCGCAGAAGAUAAUAAUGACGAAAAUGACAGAAAUGGUGAUGAUGACGAAAAUGACGACGAGGACGAGUGUGAUUGCUGUAGAAUUGAGCAACAGGAGGAUCAUCAACAGGAGCAGGUUGAGUUUGAUAGAGAUUCGUUUUCCAGAUUGCUUCGGAAGGUUUCGUUGGCCGAAGCCAGGUUAUAUGCUCAGAUGUCGUAUUUGGGCAACUUGGCUUACUCCAUUCCCAAAAUCCAGCCACAAAAUCUCUUGAGACGUUAUGCUCUGCGGUUUGUUACUUCUUCAAUAGAAAAGAAGGAACUUGCUGCCAAAAUUGAGAAACAUCAAGAGUCACCUCCAAUUGAAGAUACCGAAGGCACCAUAAAGGAAGAAAUGGAAGAUGACGAGGAAGGGAAGGAGCAGAAGAACAAUGGUUACAGAAUAAGUCCCUCUGCUGCUUAUCAUAUUGCAGCCUCUGCAGCUUCCUAUCUGCAUUCCCAUACAAGGAGUAUACUUCCAUUCAAAUCCUCAAAGGAUGAGACUGAUCAAGAUUCACCAGAAGAAAGCAGAGGAAGAGACAACGUUGUUAAUAUGAUAAACUCAGACAUGGCUUCUUUAAUGGCAACCACGGACUCAGUAACUUCUGUGGUUGCUGCAAAAGAAGAAGUAAAGCAGGCUGUUGCAGACGAUUUAAACUCAACACACUCAUCCCCAUGCGACUGGUUCAUAUGUGAUGAUGAUCAAAGUGCCACCAGAUUCUUGGUCAUUCAGGGGUCUGAAUCUCUGGCAUCCUGGCAAGCAAAUCUACUUUUUGAGCCCAUUCAGUUCGAGGGACUGGAUGUACUUGUACAUAGAGGCAUAUACGAGGCUGCAAAAGGGAUUUAUGAGCAGGUGUUACCUGAAGUUCAGGGUCACCUCAAAUCUCGUGGUGACAAAGCAACCUUCCGUUUUACUGGGCACUCAUUAGGUGGAAGUUUAGCACUACUAAUAAACCUCAUGCUGCUUAUACGGGGUGAAGUGCUGAUCUCUUCUUUACUUCCUGUUAUAACUUUUGGUUCACCAUCCAUCAUGUGUGGAGGUGAUCAACUGCUUCGCAAACUUGGAUUAGCACGGAGUCAUAUCCAGGCAAUUACAUUGCACAGAGACAUUGUACCCCGGGCAUUCUCUUGCAAUUAUCCUAAUCAUGUGGCAGAGCUUCUCAAAGCUUUAAAUGGGAACUUCCGGAAUCAUCCCUGCCUUAAUAAUCAGAAGCUACUUUAUUCUCCAAUGGGUGAGCUGUGGAUUCUUCAACCAGAUGAGAAAUUCUCCCCAAACCAUCAUCUUCUACCUUCAGGCAGUGGUUUAUAUGUUCUAAGUGGUGCUUUGUCAGAUGCCAAUGACGCAGAGAAGCUGCUGCAUGCAGCAAAGUUGGUAUUCUUAAACUCACCACAUCCACUUGAAAUCUUAAGUGAUCGGUCUGCAUAUGGUUCAGAAGGAUGCAUUCAAAGAGAUCAUGACAUGAACUCUUACUUCAAAUCUGUUCGUGGAGUGAUUCGACAAGAGCUUAACCAUAUUAGGAAGGCCAGAAGACAGCAGAGGCGCAAGGUUUGGUGGCCCCUCGUCUCAUCCCGGGGUGUGGAUCUUGGAAUCAUUGUGGGAAGGCCUUUUGCGACAAUGAAGCAGGGCCAGUACCAGGUCAAUUUUUCUGGCAUGUUACAAAGUGGGAAAGAGUCCUUGAAACGGUUCAGUAGACUGGUUGCAUCACAGCACAUGCAUUUGUUUGUGGUGCUUUUGGUACCAGCACGACUCAUACUCUUGGGGGCAUAUAGCGUGAUUGGUUUCCCCUGAUCAGCACAAGGUUGGUGCAUAAAUGAACAAUGUUUCUGUUUGUUUUUGGUACAUAGUUAGACCGGUGGUGGCACAUUGCUGGAGACAGACAAUUCUUUAUUCAUUGCUUUUUUUUUUCUUUCUUUCUUUUUUCUUUUCCUGAAGAAGGAAAAAGUUAGUAUGAAAGGAUGGAAGGUUUCUUCUCUAAGAUUUUGUAAACGUAGAAACAAUAUGUGAAGCGGCCACAAUAGAGGCAUCAAUGGAAUAUAUUACUUGCACUCAGAGAUGAUCCAAACUUGUCUUUCCUUGUUUUGGAAUGAAGUAUGGACUACGAGUUGUAAUGAAAUUGGUCUGUGUUGGUUAUCAAA